GCAGUGGGACUUUGCCUUGCCUGUAUUCCUUGUAUUCUCUGCAUCAUGAGAAUGGAUCAAGAGCACACAGACACUACCCUGGAACUGGAAUCAGAGCCUGAAAGUCCUUCAGUGCCCCCUAUGGAUCUGUUUACGCCAAUUGGUCUUGAUACAUGGAGUUUUCGUGAUCAUGGCAGGAAAAAGUUAUUUCCGCCUCCAGAGAUGAUGCAAAAACUUAGUGAAGAGAGGAGCAGCCCUGUGUUGCUGGCGUGUAGGUUCCCUAGAAUGACAGAUGACAUGGCCAGGAGUGCACUGCUCAGUUUUGUCAAUUCCAAAUGUUGCUAUGGCAACAGAGCUGCUGGCGAGCUCCUCAUUCAGGAACUGAAGCCGCAGACCUUCUACAGAUAUCGUCUGAAAACCUUUAACGAAACGAGGGUAUGUGAAUGGACAUUUGAGCCUUAUACCAAUGCUUCGGUGGAUGGUCCACAAAAUGGUAUAUCUCCUCGACCUUGGGACAUUAAAGUCCAAGUUCCACAGAUGUUUCAGGAAGACACAAAAAAGUUUCGUGUUCCCCAUUCUUCUUUACUCAAGGAAUGUCAUAAAUGCCAUGGCCGGGGACGAUACAAAUGUAGUGGGUGCCAUGGUGAAGGCAGGAUGAGAUGUAUCACUUGUAAUGGAGCCAGGAAAGCCAAAGGCAAACAUUUAAAAUAUCAGAAACGGUGUCAGAUGUGCUCAGGUACCGGUCGCAAAAGGAAAAACAAUGUAUAUGAAUUCAUUUCUGAACACCAACUAAGCUUUCCAAGAGAUCUGCUCAGUAAAGCUAUGGGGGAAAAUGUACUUAAAGAUGAAAAUACUCUGGUAUAUCCUCUUGUUGAUUUCCCUAAUGCUGAGAUCUCACUGGCUUCACAAAGAGCUAUCGCAGAACAUCAUGGCCCACUCACCAGCACAUCUUGCAUCCUACGGCAGCGACAGACCAUAGAGCUAAUUCCUGUGACUGAAGUCCAUUAUCGAUAUGCUGCAAAGUCAUAUAUUUAUUAUAUCUACGGAACAGACAACAAAGUCUAUGCCCUGGACUAUCCACAAAGAUACUGUUGUGGCUGCACUAUAAUCUGACAGUGAAAUUCUUCAUAUAAAACAAGCUAUUUUUAUGUUCUAAAUUAUCUAGAGUGGGAUGAUAUGGAUUUCCUGCUUACUGCUGUGAUAAGCUUUGUUAUCCUACUCCUCCAGAUAAGAAAGAAGAAGGCAUGGUAAUAAAAUGUCCUAAAUCCUAUUUCUACUUUUGUUAAAACAACAUAUAUCUAAAUAUGUAUCUUUAAAUAUAUGUGUCUAAUAUUAUUUUCUGGAAAAAUAGCACCUUGGAGAAUAAACUAUGUAUAUAUUCUCUAAA